CAGCUAUAGUAUUAAUAUUUACACACAGAUAUUCAUUAUCAACAGAGAACAGUUAGAUAACAUCCUAAUGUGAAUAAGUGGAGUUUAUUGUACGAACACAAGCUCAUGAAGGUACCCAAAAUGUUAUGUUUACGACAGCUUCAUUUGUUCAAACAAGCAGUGAAAAAUUUUAGCACCGAAAAUGUGAUAAAAUCAAGAGCGAAAAAUCUUCAAAUACCAAAAAUUAGUUUACAUGAAUAUAUGUGGCAAAAUUUAGAAAAAUGGUCAGACAGAACAGCUGUUGCUUGUUUUGAAACUAAACGCAGUUACACUUACCAUCAAUUAUACAAAAAAAGUUUAUCACUAACACGUUUCUUAAAAGAAUCUUUCAAAUCUAGUAAAGAAGCAACUGUAGGAAUUAUUCUGCCUAAUAUUCCCGAAUAUCCCAUUGUUUUUCUGGGAGCCAUACAAGCUGGAUUGCGAGUAACAACCUGCAAUCCUAGUUACACAUCAGAGGAAAUUAAACAACAACUAAAAGACUCAAAGUCCCGAAUAGUUUUUACAACACAGGAGCUGACAUCGCUAGUCCGUCAAGCCACGGAUGUACCAAUUGUUGAAAUUAGUAAUAAUAAAAGUUACACACAAGGUGCCAUAAGUUUUGAUGAAAUUUCGUCGGGAGACACUGGCCAGCCUAUUAUUAACGUCAAUGUUAAUGACAUUAUUCUACUACCGUAUUCUAGCGGCACCACAGGACUUCCUAAAGGAGUCCAACUUAACCACUUUAAUAUUGUAUCCAAUUUGUCUCAAAUUAUAUCACCUGAAUUUGCAUUAACAAAACGAACAACUGGUUCAGAUCAAGAUGUUGUACCUGCGUUUCUUCCGUUCUUUCAUAUUUAUGGUCAAGUAGUCGUAAUGUUGCAGGCCCUUAUCCAAGGUGCACAACUGAUAACAAUGCCUAAAUUUUCCUCAGACAACUUUGUGAAACUAGUGAAAAAUUACAAAAUUGAUGUAUUGUACGGAGUGCCCUUAGUAGCAAUUAUGGCUGUAAACCACCCUAAUAUUAAGAAAGAGGAUCUCACUGGAAUCAGAUUUUGGAUGUCAGGUGCCGCCCCGUUAGGAGGAUCCGACGUAGAGCGCUUUCGCGAGAAAACAAACGACAAAGUCUGCAUAAUACAAGGUUACGGCAUGACAGAAACUUCUCCAGUUACCAUCAUUCAAACAAAGAAACUUGAGCAUGGGAUCAAAACAGGUGGUAGUGGUUUACUCGUUCCUAAUACUGAAGCCAAGAUUGUUUCUCUCGAAGAGCCUUCUCUUAAUGGUCUAGAAACUAAUAAGUCAGGAGAACUAUUAAUAAAAGGACCGCAAGUAAUGCCCGGUUAUUUCAACAAUGAAGAAGCAAAUAAAGACAUAUUUCCUGAAGAAGGUUGGAUCAGAACUGGCGACAUAGCUUACUACGAUGAACAUGAUCAGUUUUACAUUAUUGAUCGUUGUAAAGAACUGAUAAAAGUAAAAGGAUUCCAAGUUGCACCUGCGGAGUUAGAAGAGAUUUUAAGAGGCCAUCCAGAUGUGGAGGAUGUUGGAGUUGUGGGUAUACCACAUCCAGUAUUAGGGGAAGCACCUAAAGCCUUCGUUGUUCCUAAGUCGGGUCAGACUGUUAAAUCCUCAGAACUGGUAGAUUAUGUGUCUACCAAAGUCUCUAAACACAAGCAAUUAACCGGAGGAGUUGUACUCGUAGACGGAAUACCAAAAAGUGCUUCAGGAAAAAUUUUAAGGCGUGAAUUAAAAAAAAUGUGAUUUUGUUUCAAGUGGUAAGUUAAUAAAGCUGGAAGAAUAAAGACUAGUGUUAAGAAUCUCGAAUCUGACCUACUCGGUAAAGUUCAAAUUUAGAAUAGUAAUUUGUAAAAGUGAAAGGUGAUAUUUUGGCGUUUACUGUUAAGCUGUAAUUAAAAAUAAGGCUAUAAUUAUAGAGACGAAUUGAAAACAAUCCACCCAAGAGUGCACAUAAAUAAAUAAAUAAAUACCUAAUCUAAGUACAUUGACAUUCUUUACUUUAUUUUGUGUUAAAAAUACUCUUGAUAAAUUAUAUGUUAAAAGGGAAUAAAUCGAUUAGUAUUGUG